GUAUCGAUUUUUCGGUUAUUUGGAGCCCAGCAUAGAGCAUUAAUCUAAGUGUAAUUGCAAAAUCAAGCCUUCACUGAAAGCUGAAGUCCUACCCUCCUUUAGAAUGAAUCGGUCUGGGUUUAAACAGAGUCUUAUAAUUGAAGCAACAGACAGGAACAGACAGUAGUUGUGCACAUGAAAUUUCAACUAUCGUUUAAAAUCCAGAACCGUGUCAAUACUACGGUAUCAUGUGUACUCAGACGUGAAUUGCUAUUGUAAAGGUCGGGUAUGUGUCUUAGUAUAACGUAUAUUGUCACGGUCGAAAUAAAUUCUAUUGGGUUUUAACUUCUCGGUGUGGAAGACCGUUCUCUUGAGACUGAUUAAUGGUGGUUGGGAGUUUUAUCGAUACAUUGUGGAUAGUGUGCUGGAUAUAUGUAGAUGAUGGGUGGAUAAGGUGUUCAACUAUCAGAGUCGACACAAUGUUGAGAUAAAUACUCAAGGAAGUUGAAAAAGGCACACAAUGAAAAGAUUCAGGUGCUCAAAGCUAUUGUUGGGCAACUCAGUGCGGAAUUUCCUCAUUCUUUUGGCACUGUGCAUGUCUUUGUUGAACAUGAUAAACUGGGUGUACUACAACUACUCCGAGGUUAUCAUUAAAACCUAUAACAAGAAAUUCUUGCCGUCAACCGGUAACAUCCGCUUCCCGUCUUCUCAAUUCAUUUCGUCUCAGAAGAAGACGGUGGUGAUGCCUCAGACCAUUGGAAGACGUUAUCCAAUCUUUGAGCCUGCUACUACUUUUGACGAGAAUGGAAUACAGAUGGAAGUUGGGCCUCCGCUUGACACUAGAAAUGUGAGAGUAAAAAAGCUCAACUUUGAUCCUAAAAAGUACCCCAUAGAGUUAGAUCUCGUUCAACUGACCAAGAAUAUUUUUGAAGGAAAGAAGAUAAAAAACAAACAAAUCAAUCCUCAUCCUUUUCGAUUUGUGCAUGAGGCUGAAAAUGCAUGUCAAACUGAAAACCAGCAUCUAGUAGUUCUUGUGAAAUCUAAAGCCAGCAAUUCAAAAAUUCGUGAAACCAUCAGACAGACUUGGGGAAAUCCAACGCUGUACAAGGGUGUUUCAUUCGUUUUUCUACUUGGACACACGGAAGGACUUGAAGGGAUAAUUACUAAAGAGGCCCAAAAGUACAAGGAUAUUGUACAAGAAGACUUCAUAGAUAACUACUCCAAUAACACGAUAAAAACAAUAAUGGGAUACAACUGGGUUGUCCGUCAUUGUUCAAGUGCAAAGUUUAACCUCUUUGUUGAUGAUGAUGUAUUUGUAGUUGUGAAAAACUUAGAAAAUUACCGUAAUACCAAAGAAAAUGAACCUCGACUGAUGGCGGGCAAAUUGCUCCCUAACUCUGUGCCAUUCAGAGACAAUGGCUCUAAAUGGUUUGUCUCGUGGGAAGAUUAUCCGUUCGACAGAUAUCCCCCAUAUUUGGCCGGUGGUGGAGUUCUAAUGUCGUGGGAUGUGACAAGAGCAUUUGCUGCUGCCUUUCCAUAUGUUAAAACAAUUUCAAUUGAUGAUUCUUAUUUAGGGAUUAUCGCCCGAAAACUCAACAUAGCUCCACGAAACCACGGAGGAAUGGUGAUAAGAAAUCCUGGUCAGAACACCAAGUCAGCCAUGCCUAUGAGCUUUCAGACAGUAGUUGCCUUUCAUCGUAUUCCAUCCCCAGAAUCCAUGAUGGCAACAUGGAAACAGUAUAUAACUAAAUACCCCAUUAGUCCAAAACCGAAGAGGUAAUAGGGUUUGGGUUUUUUAUCUGCUACCUAAUACUCACUUGUUAGGAUUCAUCAACAUUACAGUUUUGUUAAUUUUGCUACAUGUAAUCAGGAAAAGCAUGAUUUCAGAAAUAGCAAAAGAAAAAAAAAAGAUUAGAUUGCAAGAAUAUUACACAUUUAAUUUUCAUAGUUUUAUUUCAGGAAUUAAUUUUAAUGCCAUAUAUGAAUGUCUGAAAUUUUAAUUCCGUAAUUCUAAAAACAGUUAUAAAAGAAUUGAAUACUCGACUUGCUCAUUCACGUGCCUACUAUUAUAACUAUGUGGAGGCUCUGACGUAUCUGUUAUUGCUAUGUGGAGGCUCUGACGUAUCUGUUAUUGCUAUGUGGAGGCUCUGACGUAUCUGUUAUUGCUAUGUGGAGGCUCUGACGUAUAUGUUAUUGCUAUGUGGAGGCUCUGUGACGUAUUUGUUAUUAUAGCAAUAUCAUAGCUGUGUGGGGGUAACUACCUCGCUGACGUUUUUGCCUCAUUAUAAAUUGUCAAUUACAAAUCAGUAAGAAUGAGUGCGUUAAAAAAAAUCAUGAAAAGUCCAGUGAUUUUAUAUUUCAGAUUUAUUUUUAGUGAUGAGAUUCAGAUUUAUUUAGACAGGGAAAAUUCUUAAAAAUAUACGUAGGAAGUUUUUAUAUAUGGGUUACUCGGAUGUCAUAUUGUAUUAUCUUUAUGACCAUGGUUGUAGAACAUUUUUGAAAACACAAACAUAAAAUGGAACGCCCUUACACAUUUCAGUGCACCGUUCUUUGUAAAGAGUCUAUCAAUACUUCAAUUACAGUUGGUCAUCAUACACUUCAUAUUAUACAAACACUACAGAAAAGUCAUAAAUGGAAAAAAAAAAUCUCUACCAAAUUUCCAAGGGGAACUGUCCCAGAAGCAGACACCAGAAGAUUUAAGGAAGAGUAACAUAUCGUCAUGACAUCAAUGGCUGACUUCCUUUUGAAACAUGGGUGAUAAAUAUCAGCAACAUGUGCAUAUUCCCUUUUAAAAAUCUAAUUGCCUGACUGGGUAGCUCAGUAGGUUAACGUGUCGACUGCUGAACAGUAGAUAGUGAGUUCGAGUCUAGAUGGGUUCUUAAUUUUUUCUACUAGAAACAAAAUACGGGAAAUUUGAAAGUUUUUAAUUUCAAAUUAUUACUGUACAUAUCAUCCAUUUUCCACCAUAUCAGAUUUCUCCUGUGCGAUAUUUCCACCAUAUCAGAUUUCUCCUGUGCGAUAUUGCUAAACGUCAUUUUCUGUUGAAGAAUGUGAACUCUCUUGAGGAUAGCAAAAAGGUGAACUGUUGUGUGAACAAGAGGAAUGCCCGUAAUUUCUAUAGCUAGGUCGGUGCAAAUUAAUACCUCGCGUCUAGAUGAGGGGUAGCGAUGAAUAAUUGACCAAUAUGCCAGUUCUAAUCGGUGACCUGUAGCGGUGAUAUUCCUCUGUUUAUGGUGGAUUUGAGUUUUAGACGUAACAACUCUGGAAUUAUUUGAUCUCAUGUGUAAUCUUUAUUGUUGCUGCGUAAGAGAUAUCAAAUAUUGCAUCAUUAUCUAAAAAUAGUUUAUCAAUUCAUUGCUUUACACAUGCAAUGUGUUUUUACAUGUAUAUUACAAUAUUGUGGUAUUUUAUAUUAUAUUAUUACAUUGUGAUAUUUUUAUAUUACAAUAACUAAUGUUUGUAUUUAGAAUAAGAUAUUUAUAUAUGUUAUGUGAGAGUUGAUAUUGCCUUUGCAUAAGAAAUUUAUUAAAAUGCAUAAAUAAUGA